AAUCUAAUUAUAUUAAACUAACAUUAUAAGUAAUUUUUCCAAUUUGUGGUCUUUAAUUUUAGGAUUGAAAGAGUAAUUUUCUUUUAUCCAAAUUUACUCUCCAAAAAUUUAAAACAUACGGAGGAAAAAUUACACAAAAGGAAAUCGAUCUGCUGGUUUUGAGCUGUGAAUUUACCGAUUCGCAUCGUCGUCCAAGGAAGAAGAGAGAUCUGAUCGAUCUGUGCUCUGAUACAAUAACUGGAUCGGCAUGGCGUCUCGAUAUUGGAUGGUGUCUCUUUCCGUUCAGCAAGGCUCCUCCGCCACGUCUCUGUGGAGCCGCCUUCAGGACUCCAUCUCCAAGCACUCCUUCGACACUCCCCUCUACAGAUUCAACAUCCCGAACCUCCGCGUCGGCACUCUGGAUUCGCUCCUCGCGCUCAGCGAUGACCUUGUCAAGUCCAACAGCUUCAUUGAAGGGGUGUGCUCAAAGAUACGGCGCCAGAUCGAGGAGCUGGAGAGGGUUUCCGGGGUGGCCAGCAGUUCUCUCACAGUUGAUGGGGUUCCUGUCGACUCCUACCUCACUAGGUUUGUUUGGGACGAUGCUAAGUAUCCCACAAUGUCACCUCUUAAGGACACUGUAGAUGGAAUUCACACCCAAGUUGCAAAGAUUGAGGAUGAUCUCAAGGUUCGAGUUGCCGAGUACAACAAUGUGCGUAGCCAGCUUAAUGCCAUAAACCGUAAGCAAACAGGAAGUUUAGCAGUACGUGAUCUGUCUAAUUUGGUGAAGCCUGAAGAUAUAAUUACAUCAGAACACCUAACAACACUCCUUGCUGUUGUUUCCAAGUAUUCACAAAAAGAUUGGUCGGCUAGCUAUGAGACACUGACUACCUAUGUGGUUCCCAGAUCCUCUAAGAAGCUGUAUGAGGACAAUGAAUAUGCUCUUUAUACUGUAACAUUAUUCAGCCGUGAUGCUGACAAUUUUAGGAAUAAGGCACGUGAGAGAGGCUUCCAAAUUCGCGAUUUUGAGUAUAAUCCUGAAACACAAGAAAGCCGAAUACAAGAACAGGAAAAACUAGUGCAGGACCAAGAAGCGUUCCGAAGCUCUCUUUUGCAAUGGUGUUAUGCCAGUUACGGGGAGGUUUUCAGCUCUUGGAUGCACUUUUGUGCUGUACGUGUGUUUGCUGAAAGCAUUUUAAGAUAUGGAUUGCCUCCAUCCUUUCUGUCUGUUGUCUUAUCACCAUCCGUGAAAAGCGAGAAGAAGGUGCGCGCCAUCCUCGAGUCACUCUGUGACAAUUCAAACAGCACCUACUGGAAAGCUGACGAUGAUGGUGCAGUGGGUGCUCUUGGAGGCGAUACUGAUGUGCAUCCAUACGUCUCCUUUACAAUAAAUCUUGUUUGAGUUGUGGCAUUUUGUUAUCCAUUUCACUCGGUUAUAUUUAAUUAAUGUAUUUGCCAAUAAUGGACAGAUUGUGUCUGUAUAUGCUACAUGUAAUAAUAUUUCCAUUUUUUUUUGGGGGGGGGGGGGGAUUUUAAACUAUACCAAGCUGUAAUUGUUCUGCACAUUUGUUGUCAUAUUGGGAGUCAUUUACAAUAUAUUACAUGUGGCUUC